AUGGCCGAAUCAGCAUCGAUAUCCCCGCAAUAUGACUUCACAUAUAGCGACAGUAUAUCUGAAAGACUCAGGGUAUCAAUUAACAAUUUCGAGAUCGCCAACGCCGAGCAGAGGAGCAUGAUCUUUCCGACGAUCAGAAACGAUUGCGCCCUGCUGCAACACGAAAUUGGCCUGUUGCAAGCACGAAUCAACGCGCCUUCGGCGAACGACGAUGUGCAGUGUUUCGCGAACCAGAUCGCAGCUGCUCACGGGUUCGACACGCUCGAUGUAAUGAUAAACUAUAGCGCCUCCACCGAAUUGAGACACUCAAACAUCAUCCGCUUAUCGCUUAACGAUACGCGCGAAUGCACGUGGGAAUUGAUGUGGUUCAAGUCCGUGGUUAGUAAUGGAGUCACGAGGUAUGAGUUGCGAUUGCGAGCGGCUGAACAGGACAUAUUCGUCUUCUCCAUACGUAAUAUCACGGUCCACUGA